AUGUCAGGUUCCAACACCACCAACUUCACCAACUCCUCCAUCUUCAUCCUGCUGGGCAUCCCUGGCCUGGAGUCAGUCUAUGUCUGGAUCUCCAUCCCCUUCUGCACCAUGUACAUCAUUGCUGUCUUGGGGAACUUCACCAUCCUCUUCAUUGUGAAGAAGGAGACGAGCCUCCAUGGUCCCAUGUACUAUUUCCUCUGCAUGCUGGCCGUCACCGACAUGGUUCUACCCACGUCCAUCCUGCCUAAAACGUUGGCGAUCUUCUGGUUCAAUUCCAGGGAGAUUGAUUUCAGUGCCUGCCUCACCCAGCUGUACUUCAUUCACUGCUUCUCAGUGAUGGAGUCAGGGAUCUUCGUGGCCAUGGCGUUUGAUCGCUACGUGGCCAUCUGCCAUCCCCUGAGACAUUCCACCAUCCUGACAAAUCAUGUUGUGUCCCUGAUUGGUGUGGCCAUCGCGUUGCGCGGUGGUGUGCUUGUUAUGGUCCAUCCGCUCCUGGCGAGGAGUCGGCCCUAUUGCAGAACCAACAUCAUCCCCCACUCAUUCUGCGAGCACAUGGCCGUGGUGAAGCUGGCCUGCGCUGACAUCCGCGUCAGUAGCUACUACGGCCUCUUUGUGGUGUUCUGUGUGCUUGGUCUGGAUGUGUUUUUUAUCUCUGUGUCCUAUUCCCAGAUCCUCAGGGCCAUCUUCAGCCUCCCCACAAAGGAUGCCCGGCUCAAGACUUUUGGGACCUGCAGCUCCCACCUGUGCUCCAUCUUAGCCUUUUAUAUCCCGGCCAUCUUCUCCUCCCUCAUGUACCGGUUUGGGCAAAAUGUAGCCCUGCAUUUCCACAUUCUCAUUGCUAAUAUGUACCUCCUGUUGCCCCCCAUGCUGAACCCCAUCAUCUAUGGGGCGAGGACCAAACAGAUAAGGGGCAGUUUGCUCCAGCUCUUUACUUAUAAAAGGACCUAA